AUGAGUAUCAGUACUUGUACUUGUUCUCAGCGACACCAGAUUCAAUUGUGCAGUUCCCACGACUUGGUAGCGCGCCUUUUAGCCGCAAACAGGACGCCUGCGCGAUGCCGUUUUGAGAGAUCACCGGACGAUUCCGAUGAAAGAUGGCCGAAGCCGGAGUCUGAGCGACUUCCAGAGAGGAAAGAUGCAUCAGUGAUGCAACGAGGCCUCGAUUUUCGGACAAUUGGCGGGCCCCUGUUUUCACCUAAUUUUCAAGUCUCAAUUUACCUCUCACGAGCACUACAGUACCCAAUCGUCUUCUCGCGUGUCGAGGCAUUCUCGCUCGUCGGCCCCUUGCGUACUUCUCACUUAAUGUAUGAAAGAGGCUUAGACCCUCAUUAG